GGUGCUCUGUGUCCCUCGGACACAGCGGAUCACCGAUCUAUGGAAAGAGCUGAAGAUGUCGGCUUGGUCAUGUGAUCAGCUGUGUCCAAUUGCAGCUGAUCACAUGGGACAUGUACACUGAUCAUCAGGGCACUGAUGAGCAGUGUGGCCCCAGAAGUGCCACCUGUCAGUGUCCAUCAGUGCCAGCUGCCAGUGCUGAACAGUGCCACGUGCCAGUGCCACAUAUCAGUGCCUACCAGUGCACAUCAAUGCCACAUAUCAGUGCCCAUCUGAGCUGCCUUUCAGUGUCACCCAUCAGUGCCACCUAUCAAUGCCAAUCCGUGCCACCUAUUAGUACUGCCAAUCAGUGCCGCCUAUCAGUGCCCGUCAGUGCCUCCUAUCAUUGCCAGUCAGUGCCGCCUAACAGUGCCAGUCAGUCUAGCCUAUCAGUGCCAUAUAUCAGUGCUGCCUUUCAGUGCCCAUCAGUGAUGCCUGUCAAUGCCCAUCAGUGCCACCUACCAGUGCCUCCUCAUCAUUGCCACCUAUUAGUGUCCAUCAGUGCAGCCUAUCAGUGCCCAUCACUGCAGCCUCAUUAGCGCACAUCAGUGAAGGAGAAAAAUCACUUAUUUACAAAAUUUUACAACAAAAACUAAGAAAAAAAACUUUUUUUUUUCAAAAUUUUCAGCAGUUUUUGGUUUGUUUAAGAAAAAAUAA